AUGGAGGAGAAUCAAAAGCGGAUUGAGCAAGAGCUGGAAGCGGAAAUGGCGUUGAAGAAAAAGGAAAUGGAGUUUAAGCGAUCGAUGGAAAGGAAACGUAUGCUGUUAGAAAAGCAGAUGCGCGAAGAAGAAGAAGAGCAAGAGAAGCUGCUGCAAGAAGAGAUUCUACGGGAAAGAAUGCUACAGUUAGAACGUAUGAAAGUCAGGAAGCAGACAUUCGAGAACAAUUUGAAGAUCCUUGAUGAAGAGAUGCGCAAGUUGAAAACCUCUUCUGACAAGAGUAAGGUGAAAGCUGACUUCGAUGCUGGUGAAGGAGUUUCAGGCAUUAAUCGGACGCCUUUACGCAAUCCGGAAGUGGGAAAAGUUAUGGAGCAAAGUCCGGUGAAGCCUAGGAAAACUCACGUAGUGGAAUCUGAAGAAGAAGACACCGAAGCCGAUGAUGAUGGAGAAUCCGACACCGAUGAAGAUCAGGAAGAUGAAGAUGACGACUCCAUUGAAGAAUCUGAGGGACCGUCUGUGAAGGUUGGGAAGAAAAACAUGUCAAGCGGAAGGGUCCAACGUAAUUCGAGCCAGUAUGAGCUGGGGCAGCGACAAUGCGCUCCGACUAAAAUUCAGAUGGCUGCAAGGAAUGGUAUCAGCAGGAAAUUACCUAUUUUCACAGGAAGACCGGAGGAAUGGCCUCUAUUCUACGGAACGUAUCAAGCGUCCAAUGAAGCAUGCGGCUACACGGACGUGGAAAAUCUAGUGCGGCUGCAAGAAUGCCUUAAAGGUCCAGCAUUUGAAAUGGUUCGUGGACAGCUGCUCCUUCCAAAGUCGGUCCCGAAAGUGAUCGUGAAGCUGCGGCAACUAUACGGACGGCCAGAACAACUGCUGCACAGCCAUCUAGAAAAAGUUCGACAAUUAGAUCCACCCAAAGCAGGUAAGCUUGCUAGCUUCAUCCCAUUCGGAACGGCUGUAGAGCAACUAUGCGAGCAUUUGGAGGCAGCUGAUCUUAAGCAGCAUUUAGUAAACCCGUUGCUUGUUCAAGACCUGGUGGAAAAAUUGCCUGACAACGAUAAACGUGAAUGGGUACGUUACAAAAGAGGCAAGAAGAAGGUGACUCUCCGGACCUUUACAGAUUUUCUGUCCGAAAUCGUGGUGGACGCAUGUGAAGCGAAUGUAAGCCUAGACUAUAAACCAUCGAAUAGAUCAACUGGCGAAGGACGGUCUGCAACCGGAGGUAGCAAAUCUAAAGGGGCUCUAUUCAAUCACAAUGAGGGAGUGCACAACCCAAUCAGUUCAUCAAUCGGCAAUGACGAUCGAAGAGGCUUCAAGUCGUGCAGAGUGUGUAAUAGGACAGAUCACCGAUUACGUUAUUGUCAAGACUUCAGGAACAUGGACUACGCGGACCGAAUGCGUGUAGUAGAACACUGGAAGCUGUGUCAUACCUGUUUGAAUGAGCAUGGACAGGCGCAAUGCAAGUUCAAAUUACGGUGCAAUUGCACACACAUCCGAACGAACAGCACCACGAUGUUCCGAAUGAUUCCGGUGCGUCUGCAUAAUGGAGGCAAAUCAAUAACGGUACUGGCAUUCCUGGACGAAGGAGCUUCGGUAACUCUUGUGGAGCGGAGGCUAGCCGAUCGGUUGGGAGUAGUCGGUGUCCAUGAAAAGCUCACCAUUCAAUGGACGGCGGACAUAGAGCGAGUUGAAAAGGACUCAACGCGGACGAAUGUUUGGGUGUCAGACAUAGAGACAAAGGGAAAAACACUAUUGACCACUGUUCACACGGUCAACAAACUAAUGCUGCCAGCACAGUCACUAGAUGCCAAGGAGUUGAGCCACCAUUACAGCCAUCUGCGUGGUUUAUCCAUUUCGUCCUACAAUGGAAGACCAGAAAUGCUUAUCGGAUUGAACAACCUGCAUGCCUUCGCUCCACUGGAAGCAAAAAUCGGUAGAGUAAUGGAACCAAUAGCGGUAAGAUGCCAACUAGGGUGGACCGUGUACGGACCGAAGAAAACUAUGAGUUCGGCAGAAGUGGCCGGAUUUGUGAACGUCCACCAGAACGUUUCUAACGAGGACCUUUAUGAUCUUUUGAAGAAUCACUACGCCGUUGAAGAAUCGGUAGUUACAAUACAGUUGGAGUCUACGGAAAAUAAAAGAGCACGCGAAAUUCUUGAGCGGACUACCAGAAGAAUUGGAGAUAGUUUCGAAACCGGAUUGCUGUGGAAAAAUGAUAAUCCGUCUUUCCCAGAUAGUUACCCAAUGGCGGUGCGUCGGUUGAAACAGCUGGAAAAGAAGCUGGAGAGAAAUCAAGAGUUGCAACGCAACGUUAGCGAGCAGAUUCUAGAGUACCAAAGAAAAGGAUAUGCACAUCUGGCUACGACAGAAGAACUCGAUGCAACGGAUCCAAAAAAUGUAUGGUAUCUUCCACUAAACGUCGUGCUAAACCCGAAAAAACCAGGGAAGGUCCGUCUUGUGUGGGACGCAGCUGCAACAGUUCAAGGUGUAUCUUUAAACGACCAACUGUUGAAGGGACCCGACAUGCUGGUUCCUCUAGUAACAGUUAUAGCAGGGUUCCGUGAGCAUCGAAUUGCUAUAGGUGGUGAUCUGCGUGAGAUGUAUCACCAAAUCAAAAUCAUACCUCAAGAUAAGCAGUUUCAGCGUUUCUUAUAUCGCCACAACCCUAAAGAGACUCCACGCGUGUACAUCAUGGACGUCGUCACCUUUGCAGCAACAAGUUCCCCCAGCUCAGCUCAGUACAUAAAAAACCGCAACGCACAAGAUUACGCUGACCAAUUUCCAGAAGCAGCGACUGCAAUCAUUGAACGACACUAUGUUGACGAUUACUUCGAUAGCGUAGAUACUAUCGAAGAAGCAAUUAGACGUGCGAAGGAAGUCAAAUUCGUUCACCAAAAGGGAGGUUUUGAGAUCAGGAAUUGGGUUUCGAACUCGAAUGAAGUCCUGCAAAGUUUAGGCGAACAAAGGCCUAUCACGCCCGUUCCAUUUCACGAAGACAAAGCGACAUCCCAAGAACGAGUGCUCGGGAUGGUGUGGGAUCCUGUAAGCGAUGAGUUUUUGUUCUCCACAAAACACCGAGAGCAUCAUCUUCCAUACUUCAGUGGAGAAAAACGCCCAACAAAGCGUGCUGUUCUUAGCUGUAUUAUGGGUUUCUUUGAUCCGUUGGGUCUCCUUGCUCCGUUUACCAUUCAUGAGAACGUUUCUAGUGCAGCGACAGCGUGGCAUUUUAUCCCUCCGGCUACGCCACACAUGGGUGGAAUAUGGGAAAGGAUGGUAAGAUCAGUGAAGGAAGCAUUGAAGACGUUAAACAAUGGGCAAACCCUGUCAGACGAAGUUCUGUCGACGACACUCGCUGAAACUGAAGAUAUGAUCAACACACGACCAUUGACAUAUGUGUCACAAGAGGAUGAUGUCGAGGCGAUCACUCCGAAUCAUUUUCUACGUGGAUCGGUUACCGAUGCGGACAUGAUAACUCAAAGCGAGGUAGAAAUGGCCGAGGCUUUGCGUAAUGCUUACAAGCGAUCUCAACGACUGGCGAAUCAAAUGUGGGAAAGGUGGUUGAAGGAAUAUCUACCGACGAUCAACAAACGUACCAAAUGGUUCGAAGAGCAAAAACCGUUACAAAACUGGGAACUGACUCAGCAACAACAGAUGGUUAGAAAACUGAAAGUGAUGAACGCGCGUGGCCUGCUGUCGUCUUUCGAUGGGCUGAUGCUGUGA